AUGGUUUCAUCCAUAUCAACACCAAUUUGGCAUCCUCAGACAGUGCAACCCAAGAACAUCAUCAGAUUCGACCAUGGCAUCAAUGCCACUCUUCUCUCUGGUGGUGGUGAUGCUUGCAAUGGUGAUACAGAAUCUGCUCCCGGCACAACCACUCACACACCUAUAUCUGCUGGUGCUAACACUGCUCCUUCCAGUAGCACUGAUGCAACACCUUCCAACAAUAUGACCCCUGCACCUCCCCCGGGUGAUGGCCCAAGCGAUAAGGAAAAUCAUGCACCUUUGACUGAGCUUACCCACUAUGAGAAAGUGGCUCUUACUAGAGCCUGCAAAAAACACAAGGUAGAAGAAGCACUAGGUGCAUUGGAUAAAGGAGCUAACAGAAAGGGGGACAGUGAGAAGGGGUCUAAGGGGUCAGGAAAGAAGCGAAAGGAGCCAGAGGGUGGUAAGGAGCCAGAGGGCACCUGUGUUCAUAAAAUUUGGAGCUAG